AAAAUAUGGCAACAACAACUUUUAAGUCACGUCACAAUCACGUCACUUGCGUCACUUACGUCAAAUUGAUAACGUGAAAUUUAAUUUUGGUGAAAUUGUUGUAAAAUAUCACAAAAAUGGACGAAAACAAAGAUUUCGAGCCCUUGGAACCUUCACUGAAAAAUGUUAUCGACCAAAAGUCCCUUCGUUGGAUUUUCGUUGGCGGAAAAGGUGGUGUAGGGAAAACUACAUGCAGCUGUAGUUUAGCUGUCCAACUAUCCAAAGUCCGGGAAUCUGUUCUUAUAAUAUCUACUGAUCCUGCACACAAUAUCUCUGAUGCAUUUGACCAGAAGUUUUCAAAGGUGCCAACAAAGGUCAAGGGAUUUGAUAAUCUGUUUGCCAUGGAAAUCGACCCUAAUGUGGGUGUGACAGAACUACCAGAAGAAUAUUUUGAAGGUGAAACUGAAGCUAUGAGACUGGGCAAAGGUGUAAUGCAAGAAAUUGUAGGAGCAUUCCCUGGGAUUGACGAAGCUAUGAGUUAUGCUGAGGUCAUGAAACUAGUGAAAGGCAUGAAUUUCAGUGCAGUUGUCUUUGAUACUGCUCCUACUGGUCACACACUACGUUUGCUGUCAUUUCCACAAGUAGUUGAACGUGGACUUGGCAAGUUGAUGCGCCUUAAAUCAAAGGUUGCACCAUUCAUAAACCAAGUAGCGACUUUGUUUGGCCUGGCCGAAUUCAACUCUGACAUGUUCAGCAAUAAAAUGGACGAGAUGCUCUCUGUGAUCAGACAAGUUAACACGCAAUUCAAGGACCCCAACCAGACUACGUUUGUAUGUGUUUGCAUUGCAGAAUUUCUAUCGCUGUAUGAGACUGAGCGUUUGGUUCAAGAGUUAACGAGGUGCGGUAUAGACACGCACAAUAUUAUUGUUAACCAGCUUUUAUUACGAACUUCAGCACCGUGUGAACUUUGCGCCGCCCGGCACAAAGUUCAAGAGAAAUAUUUGGAGCAAAUCGCAGAUUUAUAUGAAGAUUUCCAUGUAACCAAAUUGCCCCUUCUUGAUAAGGAAGUCCGCGGUGCGGCUGCCGUCAAUGCAUUCUCUGAACACUUGAUUAACCCAUAUGAACCACCAGCGCCAUCUACGUGAAAAUGCUAAACAUAAAUCGAUACUCUUGAUCUCGAGAUUAGGAUUGGCAUUGGGAUUUAUUCUGUGGUAAUGGAACUUUCUCCUUGAUGUUCAAAUAUUUGUGUGCAAAGGUGCUAAUUUAGUCACAAUCGACAUCUUCAUUAUUGCUUUCUGAUAUACCUUUAUUAAGUUUCAGGAUACCUUUUUGAAUACAAGUCAAUACCAAUGAUGUAUUAUAAUUCCAUGGAUUGUAUAUUAUUCAAAAUAAUAGUAAAUGUAAUAUAUUUCA